CCGCCCGUCAGCUCGGCCGCCGGCCCCGAGCCGCCGGACCCUGGGGCGGCUCGGGAAGCAGCAGCGCCCGGGGCGGGGGGGUGCCCCGGGCAGAAUGGCGAGAGCGCGGUGCCAGCUCUACCAGCUGGGCCCGCUGCUGGGGAGCGGCGGCUGCGGCAGAGUUUACGCCGGGACCCGGCUCGCCGACGGCGCCCUGGUGGCCAUCAGGCGAGUGCCCCGGGAUCGCAUCUGGGAGUGGGCGCGGCUGCACGACGGCGCCCUUGUGCCCAUGGAGCUGGUGCUGCUCUCCCUGGUGUCGUGCCUUGGCUUCCGCGGCAUCGUGCAGUUCCUGGACUGGUUCCAGCUGCCCGACGGCUUCGCCCUGGUCAUGGAGCGUCCGGAGCGCUGCCGGGACCUCUGGCACCUGCUGCACGCAGGGGGGUUCCUGCCAGAGCCCGUGGCACGGGGCGUGUUCCGCCAGGUGCUGCAGGCCGUGCGGCACUGCACCAGCCACGGCGUGCUGCACCGCCGCAUCAAGCCGCAGAACAUCCUCGUGGACCUGGACACCAGCGAGGCGAAGCUCAUCGACUUCGGCUUCGGCACCAUCCUGCAGGACACCUUGUACACCCGGAUGGCAGGAAUGCGGAGGUACUACCCGCCGGAGUGGAUCCACUUCGGCUGCUACCACGGCCAGCCAGCCACCAUCUGGACCCUGGGCAUCCUGCUCUAUCAGCUGGUGUGCAGGCACCUUCCCUUCAAAACCAAAGAAGACAUGGUCCGGGUCCAGCUCUUCUUCCCACCCCGGGUGUCUCAAGAGUGCCAGCACCUCAUCAGGUGGUGCUUAUCCAUGGACCCUGCAGACAGGCCAUGCCUGGAAGACCUUUUUGAGCAUCCUUGGCUGCAGCAGCCCCACCUGGCCCAGGAGACAGCAGAGAUCCAUCCCUCUGCACAGUAGGAUCCAGGAGCCUAGCACAUCCCAGCUGCUGGUGUCUCGUGGCUCUCCAAGAAAUGCGCAGAGCGUUUCCCUGCGGCCGCAGCACAGAGCAGAGAGCGCGGCCGAGGAGAUGCUUCCACGGGACCCCGGCAAGUUGUGGAGGGAGCGGCUCAGGGCGCCCCAUCCUAUUGGAGAAGUUGUGGCACAGGGCGGUGAAGUUGCCACAGACUGGAGAAGGGGAAACAUCCCCCUGCAGCUCAAUGGCAUCGUGAUGUCCCCGCAAGCCGAGGCACAGCUGGCGUGUUCUUCUGCAGCACGACGCGGAGCCAGAGAACGCCGUCCUGGAGCUGGACACUGGUGGGACAAAGCCGAUGGGCUUUGCUUGCGGCCCCUUCCUGGAGGACACGCUCUGCACACCGACGAAAUCAAGAUGAGUCCCCAGCCUGCGCAGGGGCGGGGGGAUGCUCGUGCUUCCAGGCACGGCAGGGCUCGACCUGGCCACGCACUGGAGGUUCCCCACUCAGCGGCAAUGGGGAAUAUGAAUCUUUCCACCGCCCAUCCAGCUGCUUUUUGGUGGCACAGGGGACGGAUGUUGUGGAAGGGGACCCGGCUCCUGGCCUCGCUGACAGCUUCUGCCAGCAUGCCUGGUGCAGGCUAGGGUGUGGGCAGCCAACCUGACAAAAGCAUCCAUCCAUGUGGAUGGGGAGCGACAGGGGGGGACGGGUUGUGAAGCCCUGCCCGAGCUGCUCUGCUUUGCAGGCCCUUGAGGAAGGGAUGUGCUUAUGAGUGGGAAAGGUGGGGUUUUUCCCCACGUGUGGACAGGUUUCAUUCUCGCAUGGAGUGGUCAAACCCUCCCCAGGCCUGUGAAAUGCUGAUAACCUUUGGCGCUUUUUUUCAUUUCCAGGUCUUGUUUUGAAUUUACUUUCUUGCAAUUGUUCUUUGAUUUUUUCAGAAGAUUGCACCUGGUGCCCGGAUGGGGUGGGAAAGCGCUGGCACUGUCCGUGGAGUCCAUCCAAUGCUGGUGCUACCCCGGGGGGCCAUGGAGUGCAGGGACAUCCCCUUCAAGAAGGACAGGGACCUCGUGUGGGAUCGACUCCUCUCCUGGCAGCAGGUCUCCAGAGGCUACCAGCACCUCCUGCCCUGGAAACGGCACCGCUCGGCCUGCCAGUCUGGGAGGGUUGGAAGACGACAGGGUUCAUUUGCUGUCAAAAAUAAAUCUUUUUCUUGUUGUUAUCAUCA